UUAAAAAUAACAUGAAGAGCACAACUAGUGUUGGGUCACCUGACAAUAUGAAGGCCAAGAGGAAUUUCUCCAAGUUUAAGACCUCCAAGAUCCUGAGCCCUAUUUCUCUAUCAUCGAGUAAGUGGCUUACUUCGAAGGAGCAAGAAAAGAGCUGUAACCUCGAAGAGGAGCAGCAGGAGCAUCAAGAUUUGGAAUUAAUCCCCCGAAAUUACUCGAAAUUCUACACUAGGCUAGUGGAAUUCGACGAGAUCAAGACGAAAUUGAGAGGAAUGGCCAAGGAACUCAGGAAGAGUAUGCAGCCUAAACCUUCAGCUAAAUGCAAAAAUCCUUGAUUGAAGGCUCGUAGAAGGCAAAGGGCUCGAAACAGGCAUGAGCUAUGAAAGAUAAGAGUUAGGUCAACUUGGGUUCCAGAAAUUACAAGAUAUCCCUGCAAGAGGAGAAGGUUGUUCAGUCCAACUAGAGUGGGCUCCUCUGGCUCAGUCCACAACGCUUCGCUAACUUCAGAUCCGAAGGAGUUUUUCACGGUAAUUAGGAGAAAGUUAAACUCAUCAAUGGAUUAUAAUGAGCACACCAAGCCGAAUUUCGGUGUGGGCUUUAUUCCGGACUUUAAGCCAGUCAACUGUUGCAAGAGGAAGUCAUGCUCAGAAGUAUCUACACAGUUUGUCACUACCCAGCCGAGUACAGCAAAUAGCACUAUGGCUAAUUUCAGGACAAGUAGUCUGAAGUUUAGUCAUAAAAAUUUGGAGAAUGCCAGGAAGCCACUUCCGAAGUUGAGUGAGCCUCUGGUGCUGAAUUACAAAAGAAAGAUGAUUAAGCCAGCUCAUAGGAGGCUAAAGCUCCUAUCGAGCAUAUAUAAAUAAUCAAACAUAUAAUAGUUUCAAUUAGGUA